UAGAGGUUGCAGCCGAUGGGCAAAAAUUGAAAAUAUUCUGCAGAUUGAAUCUUCCGCCGCCGCAAUCUUCAGACGGAUUGAUCAAUCAUGGCGCCUGUCAAGAGAAAGGCGAUUGUCGAGGAUCGGCCCAGCAAAAAGUCGAAGUCCACAGAUAACAAGGAAACCACAGCGCAAAGGAAGCCUGCUGUUAAAUCCGCGAAGCCGGAAAAGGCAUCCAAACCGGCCGAAGAUGUCAAACGGCCAGAACUCAAAUCGGUCCUUCAACAGGAGGAUCGGGCAUUUCCUCGCGGUGGUGGCAGCAUAUUGACACCGCUGGAGCACAAGCAAAUCAGAGCGGAAGCAGAACGAGAUGUGCUGUUGGAACAGGAAAAUGGCCAACUCGACGCCGACGAAAACCUGUUCGACGACAAGAAAGACAUUGCUGCAAAGAAGAAGCGCAAGGCUUCGCAAUCAGGUGGAAAAGGGAAAGAGAAGGGCGAGCCCAGUGGUCACCACAUUCAAAGUCUGAGCUACAAGACUUUGGUGGUUGGCAGCGUGGUGCUUGGUCGGGUCACUGCUAUCACGAACCGAGACGUCGCAAUCUCACUGGCAAACAACCUCACUGGCUUCGUUCCCUUGACAUCUAUCUCAGAACGGCUCAACACUCGGAUUGAGAAGUUAGUUGGAGACGAUAAAGAAGCAGAGCUGGAAGAGGAAGAGGAUGACGACACUGAUGACAUCGAUCUCAAAAAGUUAUUUCAUCUCGGUCAAUGGCUACGAGCAACAGUUUCUGCGUCGGGCAGCGAUGCGGCGGAAGGUGGUUCAAAGAGCAAGCGACACAUCGAGCUCACUCUAGACCCGUCACAAGUCAAUGGUGGCCUUGACGCGGACAAUGUUGUGGUCAACAGCAUGGUUCAAGGUUCAGUCAGAUCUGUUGAGGAUCACGGCAUCAUUAUGGAUCUGGGUCUCUCAGACUCCAGCAUCAAGGGUUUCAUCGGCAAGAAGGAGCUUGUUGGAAUUUACAACAUUGGUGAAAUACAAGAAGGACAGGUUAUGCUCACAUUGGUCACUGGCAAGGGAAGCGAUGGCAAGGUGCUCAAAUUGACACCCAAUCCCAACUCCUUCUCGGUCGCUGGUGCUGGAAAUAAGCUACAGGCUGUCAACGAUGCACCGACCAUUGAUGGAUUCCAGCCGGGCACAGCAAUUGACAUGCUCAUCACCGAGUCAAGUUCGAAAGGUGUUGUCGGUAAGAUCAUGGGUGUGCUCGAUGCCAGCGCAGAUGUUGUUCACUCUGGCGGCUACGACAAGAAACAGGAUUCCGCGACAAAGUACAAGGUUGGAACCAAGACCAAAGCGCGCAUCAUCUGGACACUCCCGAAAAGCGACGGAUCGAGGACUGUCGGAGUCUCAUUGCUCGAGCAUGUGCUGACAUUGACCCCGCCUGUGUCCAAACUCAUUGUCAGCCCACUUGCCAAGAUCAAGACACAGGCAGUGCAAAUGGACCAGCAAAUACCCCUGUCGACAACCUUGGAGGAUGCCAAGGUUGUUCACGUGUCCCCCGAGCGUGGUGUUUUCUUAUCGCUCAUCCACAAAUCUGGCAAGACCGAGGAAGAACUUCGUGCUUUUGCUCACAUUUCCCAACUCUCGGAUCAACGCGUGGAAUCCAUUCUUUCCGAGUCCGGACCUUUCAAGAUUGAUUCGAGGCACAAAGUUCGUGUACUCUCCUACAAUCCCAUCGACAACUUUUAUUAUGUGUCCAUGAAACCUUCAAUUCUGGAACAAACCUAUCUGAGAGUCGAAGAUGUUCCCGUCGGCGAGAUUGUCCGCGGCACUAUUGAGAAGCUGAUUCUUGGCGGCACAAAGGGUGUGAUUGGUGUGCUAGUCAAAAUCACGGAUCACAUCACAGGUUUGAUCCCGGAAAUGCAUCUGAGCGAUGUACAAAUGCAACACCCAGAGAGAAAAUUCCGCGAAGGUCUUCCUAUCAAGGCUAGAGUCCUGUCUGUCGAUCUUGACAAGCGACACGUACGUCUGACAGCGAAGAAGACCUUAGUAAAUGCCGACAACGCAUCCGCGAUCUGGAAAGACUACCAAGAUCUCACACCAGGAAUGGAAAGUCAAGGCACAAUACUCAAGCUCACACCCAGUGGUGCUGUUGUGCAGUUCUUUGGCAAAGUGCGAGCGUUCUUACCAGUCGCUGAAAUGAGCGAGUCCUUCAUCAGAAGUCCCGAAACACAUUUCAGGCUAGGUCAGACGGUUAAUGUUCGGAUUCUGACGGUGAAUCCCGAUGAGAGUGAAAUGAGGGUAUCUUGCAAAGACGACAGUACUCUUGACUCAGAGCAGCAAGCGAAGUGGGACUCAAUUUCGGCAGGAAAUCUUGUUAGCGGCACAGUCACCGAGACGACAGCGGACACCGUCAAGGUUGACUUGGAGAAUGGUCUGCACGGAACCAUUAAAAUCGGGCACCUAAUUGAUGGCUCUGCGAACAAAGCCGAAAGUGCAUUGAAGCGAACCAGGAUCGGACAGAAGAUGUCAGAUCUUCUCGUGUUACAGAAGGCUACUCGCAGUCAGAUCUUGACUUUGAGCAAUAAAUCAAGCUUGAUUGAAGAAGCAAGAUCGGGCAACCUCAUCACCCAAUUUUCGGACGUCAAGCCUGGAACUAAAGUCCGAGGUUUCAUUCGAAACAUUGUUCCAGAGGGAGUCUAUGUUGAAUUUGCUAAUGGCGUGGUUGGCAUGAUGCCGAAAAGCCAAAUCCCACCAGAGAUGCUUACCCAGCCUUUGUUUGGUCUCCGUACCGACCAGACUUUGUUGCUGCAUGUCAUCUUCAUCGAUAACGAGCGUGAACGGUUCUCGUUGAGUUUACGAGAGCAGAAGGGAAAAACUACCGCAUCAACAUCACAGACCGCUGCGUCCGAGCCAGUGCAAAACCCAGCCGACGAAUCUAUAACCUCACUCGCCGAUUUCACGUUGGGCAAAGUGACCAAAGCGCGUAUCUCGUCCGUGAAGUCGACACAGCUUCAAGUCAGACUUGCAGAUGGUAUCCAGGGUCGUGUCGACAUUAGUGAGGCAUUUGAUAGCUGGGAUGAGAUCAGCAACAAGAAAGCGCCUCUGCAAAAGUUCAAGCAGGACGAGAUCAUCGAUGUUAAGAUACUCGGAAUCUUUGAUGCGCGCAGCCAUCGAUUUUUACCAAUCAGCCACAGAUCAGGGAUGCAUCCAGUCUUCGAGCUCUCUGCUAAGCGAUCUCGUAUCGAGAACAACGAUGAAAGCCUAUUGACCUUGGAUUCGGUGGCCGAGAAUGCAUCCUACCCAGCAUUCGUGAACAAUCACGGCAAUGGCUUCAUCUGGGUCCAUCUCUCACCAAACAUCAAAGCACCAGUUUCCCUCAUUGAUGUUUCUAAUGAUGCCGGAGUAUUGCAGCAGCCAGUCAAACACUUCCCUGUCGGAACUGCUCUGUUGCUCAAAGUCAAGAGCGUAGACACAGAAUCAGGUCACCUCGAACUGGCAGCAGACGACGAUUCUGUGGGGCAGUUGACAUUCUCCAGCAUCUCCCCCGGCAUGAUCUUACCCGCCAAAGUCACAACCAUCUCAGAGCGCUCUAUCAAUGUCAAGAUUUCCGAUGAGGUCAUGGGACCCGUUCACAUGACCGAGAUCAGCGAUGACUACGACAAGAUCGACAUUUUGCAGUACAAUAAGAACGACAUUGUACGGGUGUGCAUCAUCAGCGUCGACCCCCACAAUAAACGGGUGGUCACGAGCUUGAGGCCGUCGAAAGUUCUCAGCUCUAGCCUACCGAUCAAAGACGCCCACAUCACGAACGCAUCGCAACUCAAAGCCGGCGACAUUGUUCGUGGUUUCGUCAAGAAGGUCGCCGAGAAGGGCGUGUUCGUCUCUCUCGGGGCGAAUGUCGAUGCCAUGGUUUGGAUCGCUGACUUGAGCGACCAGUAUGUCAAGGAUUGGAAGAGCAUUGUGGAGAUCAACCAGAUGGUCAAGGGUCGUAUCGUCUCCGUCGAUUCGACCGGGAAAUUCAUCCAGAUGAGCCUCAAGCCAUCGCAGGUCGACCCCAGUUACAGACCUCCUUUGCAGAUCACUGAUCUGGAGGUCUCCGCCAUCGUCACCGGAAAGGUACGGAAGGUCGAGGAUUUCGGUGCCUUCAUCGAUAUCGACAACACCCAGCCCAGGCUUUCCGGUCUGUGUCAUCGAUCUGAGAUGGCGUCCAAACCGGUCGCCGAUGCGCGCAAGAUUUAUUCCGCCGGAGAUGUCGUCAAGGCAAAGAUCUUGAAGGUCGAUGUCUCUAGCAAGAAGAUCAGCUUGGGUCUGAAGGCGAGUUACUUCGAGAAAGCUGAUGAUGUUGACGGAGAAGAUGAUAUCGACGAAGACAUCGCGGAGGAUGACGAUGAUGAUGACGAGGACCUUGAAGACAGCGAUGGUGGGAUCGCGAUCGAUGCGGCUGACGACGAGUCGGAGUUGGAAGAUACCGAGAUGGCGGAUGAUGGCGUACCUGUGACCACCUCAGGGCUAAAGACUUCUGGAUUUGACUGGAGUGGUAAUGGUCUCGACACAGAGGCUAACGGAGCAGUCUCGGAGUCCGAAGCGGAGGAUACGAAGACCAAGAAACGGAAAAAGAACAAGGCCGAGAUCAAAGUUGAUCACACUGGUGAUCUCGACAAGAAUGGUCCCCAAAGUGUCAGUGACUUUGAGCGGCAAUUGCUGGGCCAGCCGAACAAUUCCGGCCUGUGGAUACAGUACAUGGCAUUCCAGCUUGAGUUGAGCGAAGUGCAAAAAGCACGAGACAUUGCCGAGCGAGCCCUUCGUUCUAUCCACAUCCGUGAGACGGAAGAAAAGGCCAAUAUUUGGAUCGCAUGGCUGAACUUGGAGGUGGCAUACGGCGACGAUGACAGCGUGGAAGGAGUCUUCAAGGAAGCGUGUCAAUUGCAAGAUUCGUUGGAGAUGCACCAGAAGCUAGCUUCGAUCUACAUCGACUCGGGCAAGCUCGACAAAGCCGACGACAUCUUCCGCCGCAUCGUCGCGACCAAGAGCUUCCGCGCCAGCCCCGACAUCUGGCUCAACUACGCGACAUUCCUGAUGGACAGCCUCCAGGCUCCCGAUCGAGCCCGCGCCCUCCUGACGCAAUCCCACCAGUCCAUCCCGAAGACCGAGCAACGUCCCCUGACGGCCAAAUUCGCCGCCCUCGAGUUCCACGCCAAGCACGGCGACCCGGAGCGCGGGCGUACCAUCUUCGAGGGCCUCAUCACCGAAUGGCCGAAAUGGAGCUCCGGCUGGGACACCUGGGUGGACCUCGAGCGGGCCCGGAUCGAGCGGGCGGAAGGCAACGAGGCGAAGAAGGACGCGCGGGAGAAAUCCCGGGCGCUGUUCGAGCGGAUGGCGGCGCAGAAGAUGAAGAAGCGUCGCGCGCUGUUCGUGUUCAAACGCUGGUUGGCGUUCGAGACCGAACACGGCUCCAGCAAACAGGCGGAGAGGGUCAAGGCCCUCGCGGCGGAAUUCGUGCAGAACCUGCAGCAGGGCGGUGGUGCCGCGGAGGGGAGGGAGGAGGAUGAUUAGAGUCGUGGGUGUGACAUUGCCCUGUCCCCUUCUUCUCGACUCUGUGAUGCGAGGGAUCGUGUCCUACGUCAUUUCACGAUGGGAUGAUUGUUGUAUGUUUUUGCCGUGUACAAGUACAUGUCAUGGAAACCUCCUGUGUCCAAUGCUGUUUGUCAACGUGUGGGAGAUCAUCGGCGGCUUAUUGUUUCUUUGUUGAUAGGUAGUAGCCUGGCGAAGAUGCAGGCGUGUGGACUUCAUUGUGUGUACAGUAUCCACAGUAUCCACAGUAUACAGGAGGCCG